CAUUGCUGCCUCAUCAGCUGACCCGGUGGAGGAUCGUGCUGCGUUUUACGACCGACUAGCUGAACUUUAUUGAUCAGUGCCAGUCGCAUGUUAUUGCGGACUAUUCACCGUGGGUUUUUUUUGGGGGGGUUUGUUGUUGAAAGAAAUACAUUCUUCAAGGCUGAACCCAGGUUUGCCAUGUGGGAUAGUAAUGAUGAUAAUCGAUGACCUGAUUUGAAUUGCUUCGAUGUGAUUUGUUUUUUAAACCGUCUGAAUCGUUUCAAAAUACUCAAUUUUUCCCUCUCCGCCGCACAGUCGCUCGGGGAAGGAGGUGCGCAACGCAUUGUGUGUGCGUGUUUGGUGCCCCCCCCCCCCGAAACCUCUUGGUUGGGGCUGUUUUGAUUUGUUUGAUUGAAACCUGCAAGUGUAACGGUCCACCGCCAUGGCUUCUGCCACCUCCACCCCGGACACCUCCACCAGCCGCGCCACACGCUCCGCUAGCCGACGCGUCGCAGCCAGUCCGGGCCCGUCCCCGGCGAGCGGCAUCAGCCCGAACCGCCUCUCCCGCAUGCAGGAGAAAGACGAGCUCCGCCACCUCAACGAUCGUCUUGCAAACUACAUCCAGCGGGUCCAGGAGCUGGAGAAUGAGAGGUCCUCCAUGCUGCUGCUGCUGGAGGACAAAGAGGAGGCAAAGAGCCGGGAGAUGGGCAACGUGCGGCGGCUGUACGAUGUGGAGCUGGCCGACCUGCGGAAGUCUCUGGACGAUUUGGCCAACGAGAGAGCCCGUCUGCAGAUAGACUAUGGGAGUCUCAUCGAGGACCACAAGAAGCUGCAAACCAGGAACCAGAAGAAGGAGGCUGACCUGGCUCAUGCUUUAGCUCAGUGGAGGAACACUGAGGCCACCCUGACCUCCAAGGAAGCAGAGUACACCAAAGUGCUGUCACAGAACAGGAAUCUCAGCAGUGACAUGCUGGACCUUCAGACCCAACUGGAAAAUAUGGAGGCGGUGCUGUCAGAGACUAAGACCCAGCUGAGCUCUGAAAUGCUGAGGAGGGUGGAUAUGGAGAACAGAAUGCAGACUCUCAAAGAACAGUUGGAUCUCCAGAAGAGCAUCAGUGAUCAGGAGAUGCAGGAGAUCCGAAGCAGACAUGAAAGCCGUCUGGUGGAGGUGGACUCAGGAAGACGGAGAGAGUUUGAAAGUAAACUGGCUGACGCGAUGCAACAACUCCGCAAGGAACAUGACUCCCAGAUCCAACAGUACAAAGAGGAGCUAGAGAAGACCUUUAGUACCAAGCUGGAGAAUGCCCAACAGGCUGUGCUGGAGAAGAAUGAUGUUGCUUCAGCCACCAAAGAUGAGCUUACAACAACCAAGCUCCGUAUGGAGAGCCUCAGCUCCCAGCUACUGCGGUAUCAGAAAGAGAAAGGCGUGCUGGAGGGCCGUGUGCAGGAGUUGGAGCGAACCCUGGACAGGGAGAGGGAGGUAUGGCACCAGAAGUUGCAUCAAAAGGAGCAGGAGCUGCUGACCAUGCGCAGCCAAAUGUUUAGCCAGUUGGAGGACUAUGAGAGCCUGCUGGAUGUCAAGCUGGCCCUGGACAUGGAGAUCAAUGCCUACAGGAAGAUGCUGGAGGUGGAGGAAAAGAGGCUGCACCUGUCACCAAGCCCCUCCGAGCGUAAGACUGUGUCGUGGACACAUGAGCACAGUGCCCGGAGGACACGAGGGAAGAAGCGCAAAUAUGAAGGACCCUGCGGGAGCUCACCUGCCUACAAGAUGUCCACACAUUCAUCAACUCAGGGAGCUGUGAGUGUGGCAGAGUUGGAUGUGGACGGGAGCUUUGUCAUUUUGAAGAACAACUCUGAGGAGGACCAGCCACUAGGAGGAUGGGUGGUUCGCAGGACUUACCCAGAAAUGAGUGACAUCUCCUUCGAGAUCCCCCCCACCUAUGUGUUGCCUGCUGGUCAGACACUCACCAUCUGGGCAGCAGGUGUAGAAGUAGAGGUCAACCCUAGGGAUUUCAUCCUCCAGGGCCACAGGAGCUGGGGUCCAGUCACAGAUAUGAGAGUGGUCCUUCUGAAUCCUGACCAGGAGGAGAUGGCAGAGCGCAGGGUGGUGUGCAUGCAAGGAAGAAGUGAUUUGGAAACUGAGCUGGAGUUCGAUGAAGAGUGUGUUGCAGGCAGUGAUAUUCAACACUUCAGAAGACAGCCAAAGAAAAGGAAAAAAAAGUGUUGCUCUGUGUCUUGAAUCUGAGUUGCACAGAAGGCAGCCUCCUGCACUGCAGGAUCUAUCCAAGGAGGCAAGCUGUGCUGUAAUGUAAGAAUUUCCGUCUUUGCCUCCUCCUUACUUCCAUCCCUACCUGGAAAACCUGGAUUGUCUGACCUUAUGGGAAGUGGGUGUCCGGUGGCUCUCUGGAACCCUUUGUGUCUCAUGCAACAACUGCUUUUGCUCUCAGAGAAGCUGAUUUAGAGAUGUUGAAUGUUUGUUUUAAUCAGUUUCACUGUGAAGCAAAGUGCCUCAUACCCAGCAGUAUUCCUCAUUUAGCAGAAAUUUUGUCUCUGAACUGCUUUUUAUACAUAAUGUAGGGUAUUUAAGAAAAGCCACACUAGGGGAUUCUGGUGUUAAGGGUGUCAACAUUCUGCUAGGAAUGCAUGGCUGCUAGUUAACUUAUUUAUUUCAAAUUUGAUUAUAAAAUUGUCAAAUGUUUUUAGCAAGUCAUGAUAAGAUGAUAACCCUGAAGCUAUUCCUAUCAGAUGCAUGUCACAGUUGCUCUAGUUUUGUCACUCUAGUUUUUUUUUGUUUUGUUUUUGUUUUAUGUGCUGUAUAUCCACCAAGGAACUCUGCAAUAAAGGAUCACAAAAACUUUCAAUGCAGCUCCUGUUGCAUUGUCAGCUCUCUGGUACUGUUAAGAUGUCAUUUCUCGUUGAGAAGUGAAUCAUUAGCUGUAACGUCUACAAUGCUUCUUCACAACUUGGUUUGAGCUUUGUGGCUUUUGUGUCAACUGAAAUGACGAGAGGUACACUUUGUCUCGAUUUAAUUUAAAUGUCAUGUGCACAGAUUGAAAUAAAGCUACACAUGGUGAAUUGCAUAAUAAAGUUUUCUAAACAAAGACACUUGUUAAAACUUCUUGCCUUUACAAUUCAUAUUUGAAAGAACUGUAAAAUUGCUACGGAUUGUUUUUCACUGUGUGGAAACAUUGACUGACAUGGCUCAUACAAGAUGGAUGGGAAAGAAUUAGCAGGAUCAUCACAGCAAGAUUAGGAUAUGCCAAAUUGUCAGACAAAUGACAUUAUUCACAUUGUCGUGGUGGUGUUAAGGCAAGGUCCAUUAAAUCCUUGCAAAUGUCCACAGUUCAACCUGUUGUCGCUUGGUUUCUUCUGUCAGUCCUAUUUCUUCAUUUGUCCAGUUGAUUUCAGCUGACAUGAAGUCAAAAGACAUGAAAACCAGUUGUCUCCUUUGACACAAUCGAUGUUCAUCCUAUCACUCAUUUACAAAACAAACGGUUGUCACAAAAACCUUACUUUUUCUGCUUAAAUGUCCUUUUGGUUGCUGGUUGUCCCAAAAAUAUUUUUAAAAAAAAUAUUCCACCAACUCCUUUGGCUUAAACUGAUGCUUUGUCAAGCUGAAUAAAAAUACACUCCAAAUCAGUAUACAUUGCUUGUUUGUCUGGUUCC